CCAGCGAGGAGCAAUGACAGAGAUACCGGAGAACAGGCCCUUCGCUGCGCAGUUGUCUAAUGUUUACCUCACCAUAUUGGCACUCUUUUGUUUCAAGCUCUUUGUGAAGAUAACCCUCAAUUUGCUCACGUACUUCUACAUCAUCAAAGGGAACCGCAAGGAGGCAGCGCGGAUUUCUGCCGAGUUUUAUGAUUUUGGUCAAGGACAAAGGUCAUGGGCAGACCGGUCCCCUCUUCACGAGGCUGCGGGGCGAGGUCGUCUUCUGAAUGUCAGGAACUUGAUUGCUCAGGGCUACAAUGUGAAUGUACGCACCAUUGACCACGUUACCCCUUUGCACGAGGCCUGCCUUGGAGACUAUGUGGCCUGUGCAAGGGCUCUCAUUGAUGCUGGUGCCAAUGUUAAUGCCACCACCAUUGAUGGGGUGACUCCUCUGUUCAACGCCUGCUCGUCAGGCAGUGUGACAUGUGCGGAGGUGCUGCUGGAAAAUGGUGCCAGACCUCAGUCUGAAGUGUGCCAACCAUCACCUAUUCAUGAGGCAAGCAGUAAAGGCAAAAGUGCUUGUGUAGAAGCUCUGCUAACAUGGGGGGCUGAUGUGGACUACGACAUUCCUCACCUGGGAACACCACUAUUCAUUGCCUGUAUGUCCAAAGAGCUCCAGUGUACCAGGAAGCUUCUGGAUGGAGGAGCGAACGUGCAGAAAGGUAAAUUUCUGGAAACUCCUUUGCACGUGGCUGCUCAGAAGGACUGCACGGAUAUUAUAAAAGUCCUGCUUGACUAUGGGGCCAAUGUCAAUGCUAGGAACCUGGAGCUGCAGCGGCCAGUGGAAUCAGCUCCUCCCAACAGUUUAUCUGAGGGAUUCCUCCUGUUAUAUGAAGCGAUGCCCCGCCCACUGAGUCAGCUGUGCCGCCUGAGCAUCAGGGCGUGCAUUGGCCGAUCCAGACUCCACCUCAUUCCACAGCUUCAUCUGCCGAACCCCCUGAAGAAGUUCCUUCUGUACAGAUAGAACAGCAGGCUGGAGCAGAAAGCUCCGUGUUAUGAAGUGCAUGUCCUAUACAUAAAGCUUUAAUUGUACCGGUUUUACACCCUUUAACACACAUUCUUAAAAAUGAACCUGUGUGGAUGUAUUAGAACACUUCUUGUGUGGAAGUAACAGAUCAGAUACACAAGCUGAGAAGUUGGAACUACUACUGUUUGAUGUUCACCCACUUCAAUUGUCCUCAAAUUAUGAGACAAUUUUAAAAUGAUUUAUGAAAAAAAACUUGUUCCUAGACUGUACCCCUGACUAUACAGUUUUAUCAAUUUAUAAUAGACUGGUUCAGAUAUAUUACUUGGCUUUUGGGUAGUACUGGUGACAAAUUUAAAUUGUGAAUUAUAAUUCUAUUUUCAGUCAAUGGCAACUUGUACUUCAAUUUUACUUCUCACUUUGCACCUCAUGCUUUGUGUCACACGUUUCAGCCUGUAUUCGUGAAUUUGCUGUUAGCUGCACUUACACUUGAUUGUCUGCAUUUAGUGGUAUUUUUGUAUUUUGCACCGUAAUCUGCACGUCUACUUAAAG